GGCGGGCGCGUCCCCUCCUCCACCCGGUGGCGGAGCCCUGCGGAGCUGAGGGCGGAGCGUCGCGGCCGAUGGCUAGGAGCUGGGCUGGGAGGCGCUGGGAGAGCAGUGGGUUCCAGACGCGUCGCCGCCUGGCUAGGGGGCUGGCAUGGCCGAGUGCUUGUGAGCGUGGAGCGCGCGAGGGGCCGCUGCCACCAUGCCCGGGUGCGUGGGCGCCGCCCGGCUCUGCCUGCUGGCGCUCGUCCUGCCGGGAUGGACCAGAAGAGGAAGUGGGGAAGGCAGCCCCCAGCUACAGCAUGAACGGAUAAUACCUCAGUGGAAGGCUGCGGAAGGCUCCAUGGGAGAAAGGCAUCCACUCAAAGCUGAGCUCAGGGUAAUGGCUGAGGGACAAGAACUCAUCCUGGACUUGGAGAAGAAUGAGCACCUUUUUGCUCCAGCCUACACAGAAACCCAUUACGCUCCAGGUGGCAGCCCUCAAACCACCACACUGAAGUCUGAGGAUCACUGCUUUUACCACGGGAUGGUGAGGAAGGCAGAACAGUCCAGUGUCACACUCAGCACUUGCCGAGGAAUGAGAGGACUGAUUGUGGUGAACAGUAACCUCAGCUACAUCAUCGAGCCCCUCCCUGACAGCGAGGGCUACCACCUUAUUUACAGAUCUGAACAUCUCAAGGUGCCCCCUGGGAACUGUGGGUUCAGGCACUCCAAGCCCAGCUCCAGGGACUGGGCCCUUCCGUUUACGAACCUGGCCACGAAACGACCUCGCCGGAUGAAAAGGGAAGAUUUGCACUCCAUGAAGUAUGUGGAGCUUUACCUCGUGGCUGAUUACGCAGAGUUUCAGAAGAAUCGACGAGACCAGGAUGCCACCAAAUACAAGCUCAUGGAGAUCGCCAAUUACGCUGAUAAGUUUUACCGAUCCUUGAACAUCCGGAUUGCCCUUGUGGGCUUGGAAGUGUGGACUCACAGGAAUUUGUGUGAAGUUUCAGAGAACCCGUACUCUACCCUCUGGUCAUUUCUUAGUUGGAGGCGCAAGCUGCUCACCCAGAAGAAACACGACAAUGCACAGUUAAUCACGGGCAUGUCCUUCCACGGCACCACCAUCGGCCUGGCCCCCCUCAUGGCCAUGUGCUCUGUGUAUCAGUCUGGAGGAGUCAAUAUGGACCACUCUGAGAAUGCCAUUGGCGUGGCUGCCACCGUGGCCCAUGAGAUGGGCCACAACUUCGGCAUGAGCCAUGAUUCUGCGGAUUGCUGCUCAGCCAGCGCGGCUGACGGUGGGUGUAUCAUGGCAGCUGCCACCGGGCAUCCCUUUCCCAGAGUAUUUAAUGGAUGCAACAGAAAGGAGCUGGACAGGUAUCUGCAGUCAGGCGGUGGGAUGUGUCUCUCCAACAUGCCAGACACCAGGACGCUGUAUGGAGGCCAGAGAUGUGGGAACGGGUACCUGGAAGAUGGGGAAGAGUGUGACUGCGGGGAGGAAGAGGAAUGUAAUAACCCCUGCUGCAAUGCCUCCAACUGCACCCUGAGAGCGGGGGCGGAGUGUGCCCAUGGCUCCUGCUGUCACCGCUGUAAGCUGCUGGCCCCUGGCACCUUGUGCCGUGAGCAAGCGCGGCAGUGUGACCUCCCGGAGUUCUGCACGGGCAAGUCUCCCCAUUGUCCCACCAACUUCUACCAGAUGGACGGCACCCCCUGCGAGGGCGGCCAGGCCUACUGCUACAACGGCAUGUGCCUCACCUACCAGGAGCAGUGCCAGCAGCUGUGGGGGCCUGGAGCCCGGCCUGCUCCUGAUCUCUGCUUCGAGAAGGUGAAUGUGGCAGGGGACACCUUUGGAAACUGUGGGAAGGACAUGAAUGGGGAGCACAAGAAGUGCAACAUGAGAGAUGCCAAGUGUGGGAAGAUCCAGUGUCAGAGUUCCGAGGCCCGGCCCCUGGAAUCCAACGCGGUGCCCAUCGACACCACCAUCAUCGUGAAUGGGAGGCAGAUCCGGUGUCGGGGCACCCACGUCUACCGAGGUCCCGAGGAGGAGGGUGACAUGUUAGACCCAGGCCUGGUGAUGACCGGGACCAAGUGUGGCUACAACCAUAUUUGCUUUGAGGGGCAGUGCAGAAACACCUCCUUCUUUCAGACGGAAGGCUGCGGGAAGAAAUGCAAUGGCCACGGGGUCUGCAACAACAACCAGAACUGCCACUGCUUCCCGGGCUGGGCCCCACCCUUCUGCAGCACGCCUGGCCAGGGGGGCAGCAUCGACAGUGGGCCCAUGCCCCCCGAGAGUGCUGGCCCUGUGAUAGCUGGCGUGUUCUCGACCAUCUUCGUGCUGGCGGUCCUCAUGCUGAUGUGCUACUACUGUAAACAGAACAACAAACUGGGCCAAUUCAAGCCCUUAGCCCUCCCCACCAAGCUGAGGCAACAAUUCAGUUGUCCCUUCAGGGUGUCUCAGAACAGUGGAACUGGCCAUGCCAACCCAAUGUUCAAGUUGCAGACUCCCCAGGGCAAGCGAAAGGUGACCAACACCCCUGAAACCCCACGGAAGCCCUCCCAGCCUCCUCCUCGGCCCCCUCAGGACUAUCUGCAUGGUGGGCCCCCACCUGUGCCAUUGUCUGCACACCUCAUCAGGGCUCCUAGGAACUCCCCAGGGGCCGGGUCCCAAGUCGAGAGGAAGGAGUCAUCCAGGGGACCUCCCCCAAGCCGGCCAGUGCCCCCUGCACCAAAUUGCAUCCUCUCCCAGGACUUCUCCAGGCCUCGGCCACCCCAGAAAGCACUUCCAGCUAACCCAGUGCCAGGCCGCAAGGCCUUCCCCAGGCCAGGCGGUGCCUCCAUACUGCUGCCCGCUGCUGCCAGCCCUCGGCAGUCCCGGCCCUUGGUGCCACCUGCCCCAAAGUUUCCUGAAUAUAGACCACAGAGGGCUGGGAGGGUGACUGGCUCGAGAAUCAGACCUGUCUAAGGUGCUGCUCCCUUUCCUCGAGGACUCUGAACAGCAUGGAAUCUGGAAGAAGCCUGUCUGGCCGCCUCUGAGUUCCUCCUUCCCUCCCCACUCCUCCCAGAACUGCCGCAGAUCCGAAAAUCUCCUUCUUGACUCAGUGCCUCCUCAGCCUCCUUGGAGGCCCAGAGGGACCCCUGUCCGAUAGCAUCCAAGUGUUGUUUUGUGCAAUAUACAGCCCCGGGGCGGGGGGUGGGGGUGGGGGACACGGCGCAGAAGAGGAUGGAUGGCGGCUUCUCCUCCACCCUCCCUUCAGCUGGCCCCUCACCUCGGAGGUGCCGGUGGAGAAGGCCCAGGCUGUCUGAGCUGCCGAGUCCGGCUGGUAAAAGUCCCAUUUAGCCCUCAGGCCAGGACUGAGCCUGGAGAAGCCACCCAUCCUCGUCCUGUGCUGGGGGUACGCAUGAGAGCUUGCCAUUGCUUCUGUCUUCCUCGAAGGUCCCAGGCAGUGGAGGCCGGCUACCUGCCCAUCCCUUUUUGCUCUGAGAUUGAGAGGGGUCAAACCAGCCACGGCUGUGGCCCUGCCCAGGGCUGGGUUGAGGUCACAGCUUCUGGCUCCAUGGCCGCAUGUGAACAAGUCGAGUCCCCUCCCCGCCCCACCCCUCUCAAACACCCGUACCCCCUUAUUCACCCGGGUCCCUCUGACUCAGAUAGGUACUAUUUGUAGACAGUAUGGACAGCAGGGGGAGCACCGGGCCUCCUCUGAGCCGCGAUGCCAAAGGUUCCGCCUCCCGCAGUGUUCCCGGUUGCCCUCUGCUUUCCCUUCUGCACUGUCCAGGUGCCCCAUGGCUUCGACUUCUCCUCCCCGCUUGGCCCCACCCAGUCUGGUGCUGUGGAGACUGGACCCUCAGCAGUCCCGACCUCCUGGGGACCUGGUGCUUGUGACCUGUACGUCAGUGUCCUGCCUCAGGGGUUGGCCCCUGGGUUUCCUAUAUUGGU